AUGUCGGAUUCUCGCAGGGGCACACCCCGGGUAUCUACCUCCUCCCAACGGCCAAUGGCCAGAUCAUGGCCCCUACCCGCGCCGCCAAGUGGAAGAUCGCCGAAAUCCUGCGGUACACCGGCUAGAUUGGCAGCCCGUAACGCAGCAGCUCAUGCUCUUCCGAACGCGCGUGUUACCCACCACUGCCCAAAAACCCCGGCGUCGCUGCCGGCGCCCCGCGCCUUAGAACCCUUCGUGUUGCAGAAUCUCUGUAGCCCACGGUACCCGCGGCACUCCGACGCCAACAACCAACUGCGUCGUUGGGCCAAGGGCGAGAACAAAGGAUCGGACCGACAACAGCCAACACGGCGGGUAGACGGAAGGGAAACGGGCGCGCUCCGUCCCGCCAGCACACCUCUCUCAGAGAGACAUAUGCCCGACCACCUCUCACCAACCAGCCCUGUCCUCAUGCAGCGUGCUCCCACAGCCCGCACCCCCAACCCGCCGAGCCACCCUUCCAACCGGGAUCGUCCAUCGUCAAUGCAUCAGACCGCCGGGAGUGGUUCGUGGUCCCGAGGGGCCGAUGUGACGCUGAGGGUGUUCAGCGGGCUCGGCAGGUGUGGUAUGGAAAGGGUGGUAAGGCUGUUCUAG